AGGCAAAAACGAAAUGAAAAACAAAAGCCAGACACCAGAUCAGCCAGGUGAAGACAUGAUUUUGUGACUAAAAAACAAAACAAUCCAAAUGGUUAAAAAUAAUAAUAAAACCAAACACUAGGCAAACUUGUCAACUCAUUAUCAAGAAAAUAAUAAAAAAGAAAACAGAGGAAUCGAACCCCCCCACCCCCAACCAUCACCACGUUCAUUUAUCGUCUUGUCUACUUCGAUACCCAACAAAACCAGUGACCAUUGCCCUCACCCACCCCCAUCCCCCUCGUUAUUUUCCAUUUUCAAAUCAAUCUCAACGCAAAAAAAUACCCAAUAUCAAGGCUUUAGCUUUUGUCAAUGAAACGGGGUGUCCCGGAUUCUCAGGUACCCGGAAUCGACCAGAAAAUGAAGAAAAUAAAAGAAAAAGCCGAUGAAGAAGAAAGUGGAUUGAUGAAUUUAGAUGAAAAUCUGUUGUACGAGGUUUUGAAACACGUAGACGCGAGGACUUUAGCUAUGGCCUCUUGUGUUAGCAAGCUGUGGCUCAAAACUGCCAAAGACGAGCGGCUUUGGGAGCUGAUCUGUACCAGGCACUGGGCUAACAUCGGCUAUGGAACCCAACAACUUAGAUCUGUUGUUUUGCCUCUUGGUGGCUUUCGCCGGCUCCACUCGCUCUACCUUUGUUCGCUUUCGAGACCACAAGCUACUUCACCUUCAUCUUGGGCUCCGCCCAAGAUUGUUAACCCCAAACCGCCUGCUCGGUGGGGGAAAGAUGAGGUUCAUCUUUAUCUGUCUCUUCUUUCUAUUCAGUAUUAUGAGAAGAUGAAUUUCACUAACAAAGGCAGAUAAUUCUAAUUAAUUACUUAAUAUAUAUAGCAUUAUAAAUAAAUGAAUCAAAUAAAAAUAUAUUACUUCAUUUCUAGUCUGGGGUUGUUGUGUUGGUUUCUUAUAUUUGGCUUGGGUUUUUUUAUUUUAUUUCUUUAAUUUUGGAAUUUUUGUACUUAAGCUUGGGUUUUGUGAACUUGAUCUGUAAUUCUGUGCGAAUGUUAAAAGUAUGUAAUGAAACAAUUGUUCCGUAAA